AUGCUUUCUGCUUCACGACUCGCCUGCUUUAGUGCCAGACUGGGAUUCUCUACGAUCCGCGGAUUUGCUUCUCGCGCCGAAAACCCUCAAGUGUUCAUGGACUUUUCCGCUGGAGGAAAGGACGUGGGUCGAAUUGUUUUCGAGCUCCGUGCUGACGUAGUUCCCAAAACUGCGGAGAAUUUCCGUUGCUUGUGCACCGGAGAAAAGGGAAAGGGCAAGAUGGGAAAGCCUCUGCACUACAAGGGCUGCACACUGCAUCGUAUCAUUCCCCAGUUUAUGUGCCAGGGAGGCGAUUUCACUCACGGAAACGGCCGUGGAGGUGAGUCGAUCUACGGCGAACGCUUCGCCGACGAGAACUUCACGCUGAAGCACACAGGUCCUGGAUUGCUCUCCAUGGCGAACUGUGGUCCGAAUACGAACGGAUCGCAGUUCUUUAUCACAACCGUGCCUUGCCCGUGGCUGGAUGGACACCACGUGGUGUUUGGAGAGGUGAAGAAGGGAAUGAAUGUACUGAAGGCUUUGGAGAUGUACGGAACGGAGAGCGGAAUGCCGAUGAAGACGAUUGCUAUUACGGAUUGUGGUGAACUCAAAGAGAAGAUUUUGAUUGUUUGUUUUAUACGAUUUGGCGGCGUAGGGCGUACAAGCUUCCUGGGAAUUGUUUUGAGGGUUCAGGUUGAUCGAUUCCAUCAUACAGAGGAUCUGCAUGCGUAA